AAAGCAGACGAGGGAUCGGCCUAAAAAGUUUAUGUGGUUUGGAAACACAACUUUACGAAAUGGAUUUUCCGACAAGUAAUGGAAUCUAUAUGGAACCAGGAGGGGUCAUUCGAACUGUCGGGAACCCAGUCCCUGACGAUAACAUUGUGAUGGACCAUGCUUUUGAGAUAGCGGAGCUGCCUGUCAAGUUGGAGUUAAGAUACGUCAUAGAAUCAAAACGUGCUGCUAAUGGGCUCGACUGUCCGAAGAUUGACCAUGACUCCUAAGAUUCCAAGAACCAACAACUUACGCCAGAAGAAGAACAGAGAAGAAAAGUUCGGAGGGAGCGAAACAAGGUCGCUGCAUCGAAAUGUCGGAUGAAGAGGAAAGAACAUGUUAAUACCUUGAGACAGGCCUCUGAGGAGCUAGAAUCAGCCAAUAGCCAGCUUGAAGCGGAGAUUGCAUACCUUACAGCAGAGCGAGAUCAACUCGAAAUGAUGCUUGACGCGCAUGUCUGUAACAUGGACAAAGCCGCUGGUCGCGGGCCCGCCUAAGAGUGUCACCCUUCCCGAAUUGAACAGAGAUGAGGCGUUUCUUCAUGACCUGGUUUAUAUGUAUGGAAGAAAACGAAGAAGGCAAAAUGCAAUCAUGGUCAAGGGAAUGUGCUGAAAAACGAAGUCAGAUUUGCGUCACAUUUAAAGGAGCUCGCAUUUGAUCAGUCCAUGCUCCUGAUUAGUAAUUGUGGGUCUAAGGGAAAGCUCUGGGAAAGCAUCUGGUUUUGUUAUUUUAUAGGUCAAUCAGGAUACUCAAGUCAGACUGAAAAGAUACUAAAAUGAGAAAACAAAACAACAUGAACAAACAUAGAAACAGACGAACAAACAAACUGUCAUACAGACGAAUUGUUAAGCGUAACAGACUCGUAACUGAUUGACGAUUUCCUUCGCUGUUCUUUUUUUACGUUAGAACUGGAAAACGUUCCGAGAGUUCUUUAAAAUCGCAGAAUCUUUCAGAACAAAUCCAAAUGAAAGAUUUCGAACAAUCACAGUGAUAAAGCAACAGAAGGAUUGAACAAGUUAAUUUUUGAUUUCGAGAAAAAAAUGUUCUAAAAGCUGUCUCUAAAAACUUUCAUAGGACAUAUGAUAUGUUUCCAAUCAGCCUUUGACAAAGGUCAUUUGACUUGCCAAAUAAUCUCGCGGGUAGAAAUAAUUUAACUUUAUUUUUCUUUUAACAAAAGCAGGUUUUUUUUUAUAACAUUAUUUUUUACUUGGCGUUUUUAAGGCUUCUUUUGUUUAUAUUUUGAUUAUGAAUAACGUUCAUAGCUGUUACUAGUAGCCAUGCAUGCAAAUCAGACUUUUAUGGCAAUCACCAAUCCUGUCAAAAUGACGUGAAACUGCAUGAAGAAAGACCAUCGAGGUAAUUUCCAGCGGUUAUUUUCCAAAAUGGCGACUGGAAAUAACUAAGGUAACUACAUAUUUAACAAAUUGUAACCACAACAGCGUACACUAUUGAGUUAUGGAUGCACGC